AUGCCUCUAAGGAGAAACGUUGUGUUGGUUGGUGUGUCCGGAUGCAGUGCGUCUGGCAAAACAACGCUGGCGAAUCGUCUUGUGGAGCUGCUCAACUCGCCACUUCGACCAAUUGGUCUGGAUGACUUUUUUGACGAGGCGAUGUGUGAGGCGCUGGGCACGUGGGAGGACCCACGAUGCAUCCGUAGCGGAGACUAUGCGAGGUUUCUGUGCGAGAUUCGGCAACGUCUUCAGAGCGACGAUCGGUGUGCUGCCGAAUGUCUACACGAUGUGGUUGGGGCGGGUGCGUUUCUGCGCUCGCGGCCCGUUGGGCCGUUGGCGACGACGGCGCCGCAGGACUCCGUCUCAGGUGCCUCGUCGAAAGAGAACGUGGAGGAAUAUGCGGUGUCAUUCCAUUGCGCUGCCGAGGCCGCCGCCUUGCGCGCGGGAUGUGAGAAUGAAAGCACCAUCUAUAUCGUGUGCGAGGGAUUUCUCUUGUUUUUGGAUCAAGCUGUCUGCGAGGCGCUGGAUUACUUUGUUAUUCUUGAGAUAGACGAGGAGACCGCCUCGCUGCAGCGCUUCUUGCGUUUUCCCCGGCGUCAUAUGCGUCGUCAGGGGUACGGAGAGCGCAUCGAGCGUAUGCUUCGUUGCCGGCAGAGUCGCUUGCUGCUUACCGCUCCCACCACAAAUAACGCGCUGCUUCCCCCGUCGUUUGCGCAGCUGCUUCCAAACCUGCAGUACGUCCCACCGCUGCCCUCUCUGGCGGGUGAAUAUGAGCAGUUUUGGCUGCAACGGGAGUAUCUGCAGCACCCACCACCUCCCAUGCCACCCAGCACGGGCGCCGCACAAGAGGCAUCCUCGCCGUACUUGUGGAUGGAGGUGAAGGAUCCACUCUAUGUCACACACGCACUACAACAUUCACGUCUGGCUGCAUCCGAUGUGAGUGCGUUGAGUAACUCUGCCCCUGCCCCAGCGUUACAUCAAGCCAGUAAUAUUAAUAAGGGCACGGAUGGAGCUUCUGAAACGGACAGGGUAUCCAUGUUGCAGAAGCAAUACUUUGAGUUCCGUUACUGGUUCUACUUUGAGGUGCUAUACUACUACCGUCAAAUGCGGCCUGUAGAAGAGGAGGCGAUCACCAGAGCAUACCGGCAACGUGGUCACGGGAGUGAUGGGAUUUCUCCAAUUCUGCGUAUGGCCGCAGGUGUGGAUGUGCCGGACACCAAGCUGGAGAAGGAGCUGCUCUCCUUUGUGCAGCACUUGAUGCAGUCUCCGUACAGUGGCGGAAUCCGUGACGCCAGGGCGACCCACCAAGCCGGUUCUGUAUAA